AUGCUGCGUCGCUGCGGACUGCAUCGGCGCACGGCUUUCUUAACAGAUGUGGAGGGUGAUCUGUCGUACUUUCGUCGCUACGUGGAGCUUAGUCGUGUUGUCACGUGGAGGAACGAUGGUCUCUCCUUCUGUGACAAUGCUUCACACUUUGUGUACGGCGGCGACGUCUUUGAUCGUGGCGACGACAUGACUUUUGCCAAGGUGUUGCUGGACUUCCACGAUGCCUACCCAUCUCGCGUGCAUCUCAUUUUGGGGAACCGCGACAUCAAUAAGAUGGCAUUUGGUGCGCCAACUGCAAAGAUGCUGGAGGAGGCGGGGGUCACCCCUGAAGAGGCGCAACGCCUUGUCUUUCCAAUUGAUUUAGCGACUACCCGAGGAGCCAAGCAAUGGAUGCCAUACGCGGAGUACCUUAAAGGAAAAGGUCUGCCGCCGACGGUAACCAAGGUGACGUUCCUUCAGUGGGCACUCGCCUACAAAAUGGGGGGCAUGGAGACCUUCGAAUGCCGGCGAAGGGAGCUAAAGCGACUGCAUGGAAGAAAUGUUACGGAUGAAGAGGUGGCGCAAAGUUUUCUCGACGCCGCUCGCCCUGAGGGCGUCUAUUAUGAGUACCUGAGACGUGGGAAUAUAGCAGAGGUGAUUGACGGUGCUCUCUUUGUUCACGGNAUUGUCGACGAUGAAAACGCCGGGAUUGUCCCAGAGAGACAAUCCAUACUGGAUGCUGAGGGUGGGAAGAGACAGAACUUCAUGACGGAGAAACGCUCCGCUGAAGAAUGGGUCAAUGCAUUGAAUGAAUUUAAGGAAGAAGGAUUUAGACAAUGGAUGGAGAGUGGUGGUGGAAUGUUUUUGCGGCAAUACGCCUUUCCUGUAUCUUUUGUUCCGCAUUCUAUCGUCGUGCAUCCCCUUGUGGGCUCUAAUGGACCGCAUUACUUGGGCCUUGACGCGGUGGAGUUUCUGAACAGAAGCGGCGUGGUGGCGGUCUGCGGCGGUCACCAGCCCAGCGGUGAUACACCAAGUGUUGUGCAGCAGCCGGGUCUUGUUUCCAUUUCGGCGGACAAUUCGUAUUGUGCAGGGGAUGGAACCCGUGGUGCGGGCGUCAUGGAGGUCCUAUUAGAAGAAGACGGCACAAUUAACGUGCAUGGGCUGCGUGCGGACGGUACGCCGUAUGAGUUUGCGGCCACGGGCAAAUUGGUGGGUCGUCACAUGGGCGAUGGAUGGUGGGUCAAGGUGAAGUUGAAGGAGGGGCUGUACGAGGUGCAGCGCACCAGUGACGCCUACCGAAGCAAAGAAACACAAAUCUUGACCGUCGACGAGGUGGAUACGCGUCUUCGAAAAUGGAGUGAGCCCCCUGUGGGUGGGGAGGCUCCUGAGCGGUGGAGCAUGCAACAACUUGCCCCAAAGCCAUCAGUGGUGAAGACGAAACGAACGCAAAGUUGA